UUCUACCGGGCUAAUCGGGUCUUGCCGCUUUAAAUCCGGGAGGCUCGGUGGCGCAGGGCAGGCAGUUGCCAGGGGAGACCAACACACAACAAAGGCGCGCGCCUGCCAGAGCCUACAGGGGCCGCCGCCACUGAGCUGGCUGUAAUCCCGCCUCCCGCCAGCCAUGGCCCAUUUGCGCUCGCCUAGCAGCUUCGGACAUCCGGGGAAGAAGAACCAGAAGGAGUCUGAGGAGUUAGAGGAGGAGGAGGAAGAGAUGGAGGAGGAGGAGGAGGAAGAGGUGGAAGAGGAGGAAGAGGAGGAGGUGGAGGAGGAGUUUGUGGGGGAAGAGCAGGAGCUGGAGGCCCCAGAGAAGUUCAGCGAUGAGUACCUCUGGAAGGUCAUGGACAUCGGUAACUACGACUACGACUUCCCAGACGUGCGCCCCCGCUUAGCCAGCAUCGUCAGCCCUAGCCUGAGCUCUACGUGCGUGCCCAGCCAGAGCGCGACCAGCACCGAAAUGCCGAGCGCCAGCCCACCCUCCAGUGCCUCCACGCAUAAAAGUUUCCCUAAAAUAUUUCAGACAUUUAGGAAAGACAUGUCCGAAAUGAGUAUAGAUAGAAAUAUUCAUCAUAAUUUGUCUCCAGGAAUUCCAAUAUCAGUACAAACAGAAGAAAGCUGGCUCCAAGAUUUGUUGGAUAAAGUGCAAUCAAGGAAGAAAACAGCCUCUAAAGUGAAGAAAGCUGAACCUGAAUGUCUGGCAUCUAAGUUAAGAGAAAAAUGGAUAAUUAAUCCAGAAGAGCCAAAACUAAAUAUUUUGUAUGAGCUGGAGUUUAAGGAAGACUUCAUAACACUAUUCGAGCCUUCUCUAAGAACGUUACCCAGCGUUGGACCACCAACCAUUCUGGCAUACAAAGAAGAGAGCUCCAAUUUAGGCAUUAACUUCAAGGAUGAAGAGGAAGAGACAUCACCCAAAUGUGAAUUUUGUGGAAGCGAUCUAAGAGCAUUUUUUUCUAAUGUGGAUGUUUGCUCUGAAUCAAAGGGGCAUGCCUCCUGCUGUAUUGCUUUCCAAAAUCUGAUUGAUUAUAUCUAUGAGGAACAAAUAAAAAUCAAAUCCCCUAAAGCUGAAUUAAUUGCUAUUGACCCUCAUGCAGCCCAUGACAGUGAGGUCGACAGACUCAAGGCAAAAGAAAAAGCCCUGCAAAGGAAACAAGAGCAACGAAUGGCCAGACAUUUUGCAAUAAUAUCAAGGGAACAGACUCAUUUCUCUGAAGAUGAUUCAAAGCGCUUAAAAACAAUUUCUUAUCAACUUUCUGUGGAUAUUCCAGAAAAACAGACAAUUGAUGACAUUGUACUUGAUUUUCAACUGAGAAACAGUAACAUGUCCAUCACUUGUUGUGAUUCUCGGAUAGCAUGUGGAAAGGUUGUCAGGAAUGAGCUCUUGGAGAAGCAUUACAAACAUGGGAGCAAGUUUCUAACUUCAUUUCCAGAUGGGACAACACAAAUAUUCUAUCCAUCUGGAAACCUAGCCAUCAUUCGAGUGCCCAACAAGGUAAAUGGUUUCACUUGUAUAGUCCAAGAAGAUAUGCCCACUAACCCUGCUAUCCUGGCAGUGCUGGAUUCCUCUGGCAGAAGUUCCUGCUAUCAUCCCAAUGGAAAUGUCUGGGUAUACAUCAAUAUAUUGGGAGGCCAAUAUUCAGAUCAAGCCGGCAACAGAAUAAGGGCUUGGAAUUGGUCAAAUUCCAUCACUUCCUCACCCUUUGUUUCAUUUAAACCUGUCUUUCUGGCUUUGAACCGUUAUAUUGGAGUCCGCAUCUUAGAACAAGACAAGAUUUCUAUAACUUUUCUAGCAAUGGGCCAACAGGCAAGAAUCAGUGUUGGAACCAAAGUGAAGCUACCAAACCCUGAGGAGAUUCCAGUCCUCCGAUACAUGAAUGGAGAUGACCUUCUUCUGCUGGCCAGUUUAAUAAAGAUCCGUCGCCUGUUUCAUAAACUUGAAGGAUGUGUGAAUUUUCCCUCAAGCCAGGUUUGGGAAAAAUUAAAGCAACCUUCCUACCUGUCUUCACUUGCUCUAAAACUAAUUGCCCUCUGUCACAGUUCUGGUAUAAAGCAAGAUACAAUGAAGACAAUAAGAAAUAUAAUAAAUGAAGAAAUUUAACCAAGAA